AAGUAUGUUAUAGUUUAUCAUAGUUUACUUCACAUCACUACAACCCCAUUCACGUUUACAGGUAUUUUAAACGCAUAACGUCGCAUUCAUGUCUCGUUUCAAAAGAGGAGGACAUGUGGACUCUAGAGCAGGAUUCAGACAGGAGAAAGAAGACUGUCCUGUCCCAUAUGGAUUACUGAAAGCUGCUAGAAAGAGCGGACAACUCAAUCUAUCCGGGCGCGGUCUAACUGAAGUUCCUCAGAGUGUGUGGAGGUUGAAUAUAGACACACCUGAGGAGGCUCAGCAGAACGUGUCAUUUGGAGCUGCAGAUCGGUGGUGGGAACAGGCAGAUUUGACUAAACUUCUGCUGUCCUCCAACAAACUCCAGAGUCUCUCUGAAGACGUCAAACUCCUCCCUGCCCUGGUUGUCUUGGAUAUUCAUGACAAUCAACUAAGUUCACUACCAGAUUCUAUUGGAGAUUUAGAGCAACUACAGAAGCUCAUAUUGAGUCACAAUAAACUGACGGAAUUACCUUUGGGUCUUUGGAAGCUUACAAACCUGCAAUGUCUGCAUCUGCAACAGAAUCUGAUCAAAAAGAUUCCUCUGGAUUUGGGGCAGCUGGUUAAUUUAGAUGACCUUGAUCUCUCCAAUAAUCAUCUAAUGGAUAUUCCAGAAAGCCUAGCAAACCUGAAAAGUCUUGUGAAAUUGAAUUUGUCCUGCAACAAGCUCCAGAGUCUCCCUCCUGCCAUCAGUGAAAUGAAAAACCUGAGAAUGCUGGACUGUUCGCGGAAUCAAAUAGAGAGCAUUCCUCCCGUCCUGGCUCAGAUGGAGUCCCUCGAGCAGCUUUACUUAAGACACAACAAGUUACGAUAUCUUCCCGAACUGCCCUGCUGUAAAACACUCAAAGACCUUUUUUGUGGGAACAACCAGAUCGAGGUGUUGGAGGCAGACCAUUUGAAGCACUUGAGUGCUCUGAGUUUCUUAGAGCUCAGAGAUAACAAGGUGAAGAGUCUUCCUGAAGAAAUAACCCUACUGCAAGGCCUGGAACGCCUGGAUCUUACCAACAAUGACAUCAGCAGUCUGCCAUGUGGACUUGGCGCAUUACCUAAGCUGAAGUUUUUGGCUUUGGAGGGCAAUCCACUGAGGACAAUCCGCAGAGACCUUCUGACUAAAGGCACUGGUGAACUCCUAAAAUAUCUCAGAAGUCGAGUACAAGAGCAACCUGAUGGGGGCUUGAAAGAAGAGCCAAAAACAGCAAUGACUCUCCCAAGCCAAGCUAAAAUCAAUGUACAUGCCAUCAAAACUCUGAAAACACUAGACUACAGCGAGAAACAGGAGGGAUCCAUUCCCGAUGAAGUGUUUGACGCAGUUGACGAUAGUCCUGUGGCCAAUGUAAACUUCAGCAAAAAUCUGCUGACGGCAGUUCCACCUAGAAUUAUGGAGUUAAAGGACACCCUGGCUGACAUUAAUCUUGGGUUUAACAAGCUAACGACCAUUCCAGUGGACUUUUCCGAACUGAAACAGCUGCUACAUAUAGAUCUCAGAAACAAUCUAUUGACCUCACUGCCAAUGGAGUUGGAAGGCUUAACCAAGCUGCGGAGUGUUAUUUUGUCUUUUAAUAGGUUCAAGUCAUUCCCAGAUGUGCUGUACCGCAUCUCAUCCCUUGAGACCAUUUUAAUAAGUAACAAUCAAGUUGGAGGCAUUGAUCCUGUCCAAAUGAAGACCCUAAAUAGGCUGUCUACUCUGGAUCUGUCCAACAAUGAUAUCAUGCAAGUGCCACCAGAACUUGGCAACUGUACCAGUCUGAGGGCUCUAAUGCUUGAUGGGAAUCCUUUCCGUAAUCCAAGAGCUGCGAUCCUUAGUAAAGGAACAGACGCUGUCCUUGAGUAUCUCCGAAGUCGUAUUCCAACAUAAUUUUCACGUUUAAUGUAAAUUCAACCAUUGGUGAUAAACGAUCAAUUCUUGUGCCAUAAUACUGAUAUUUGCACUUCCUGACCGUAUAAAAAAUACAAGAAUUUCAAGAUAAAUACAAGAAUUUCCUGCCACUUGUUUUAAUUCAUCUUAACUGCCACUUUAUCCUUAAAAGUGACAUUGUAAAAUUAUUACAGAAUAUUGUAAUGACAUUGUUUAUAAAUAAACCGUUGGCAUGCUUUGUAAUGAAAUUAAGACAAAAGGCAAUCAAAUUAACAAAAAAAAGUGUGUUCAAGUUUUAAACUUUAUAAUUGCUUUUCAUUGUGAGUGUUUAUAUAAAUGAUAAAAAAUAAAGUUUUGUUUAUUGUGUUUUAUCGUCUAUAAAGGACCACAGAAUGACCAGUAGUAACAAUAGUGACAUUUUUAUUAUUUGUACAAUAAAGAUACAUUAUUCAAAACA